AUGACGACACAUACAAUUGAGACGAAGUACCAGGCCAUCUUAGCUGUAGAGAGGGGAGACAGGUCAAAAUCAGACAUAGCGAGAGAAUUUGGUAUUCCAUCUAAUACCUGGUCAACAUGGUUAAAAUCAAAAGAAAAGAUCGUGACUAUCUACAGCAACAACGGACUGAGUCCCGCUAGAAAAAGGAUGAGAACUGCGAAGUUUGACGACAUUGAUGCUGCUUUGUUGAAAUGGUUCACCUAUGCCAGAGAUCACAAUCUUCCCAUUUCCGGUCCGAUGCUGAAAUCUAAAGCCAGCGAUCUCGCAGAGAAGAUUGGAGAGAAAAACUUCGCCAGCAGCACAGGAUGGGUCGACAGGUUUAAGGAACGACAUGGCAUCUGUUUUAAGAAGAUCUGCGGCGAGGCCAAGUCUGUUGAUACCUCAAGCGAUGCCAUGACAAAGUGGGCCGACGACCUCCGUACUAUCCUCUCAGAGUAUCAGCCGAACAACAUAUUCAAUGCAGAUGAAACCGGCAUCUUCUACCGACUACUACCCGACCGGACACUCGACUUCAAAGGGACCGACUGUCAUGGCGGGAAACGAAGCAAAGAACGCCUAACUGCCCUCGUAUGUGCCAACAUGACAGGUACUGAGAAGCUCCCCCUGUUCAUCAUCGGGAAGUCGAUCAAACCAAGAUGCUUUAAGAAUGUGAGCUCGCUACCAACAGAGUAUACCGCAAACAUAUAA